GUGCAUGCAGCUACAUGAAGCCAUUUCCAACACGCGUCUCCAAUUCUCAAAAGUGGCGGAACACGGCAAGUCAUCAAAGGUGGCUUCAUUCAGAGGAGCGUCGGUCCAAAGUCCAACCCUCGCUUUCUCGUGUCAAAAGCUCAAAACACCACCGCCUCUUGCCCAUACACCAAAUUGAAAGCCUCUCCUCCGUCAACGAGAGCUCCAGUGCAGAGACAUAACAUGGCCAUUGCACCCAGUUGCUGCCUCAAUCUCCGCCCUCCAACUCCACCCUCACCUCCUCCCAAUGCAAGGGCUACCCAAGCUGCAUGGUUCAAGAACGGCAGCUGGAGAAGCCAGUGUGUAGUGGGCAUGGCCUGCAUCAUAAUUGGAGUUGAAAUGGAUUUGGCGAGUCAAGCAAAUGUUGCCACAGCCAAAGACUUGCAAUAUUUACUUGUAGAGUCGAAGGAGAACACCAAAGGUGACAGAUGGAGUGACAGAAGAAUUUGUCCUCCUUGGCAUCUUAAUUCGCUAGAGACCAUUGUGCCGGAGAACCUUCCAAGGCCGUCGGCUCGUCGGAGAUGGGAAGAGGUUGGUAAUGUAAAGAAUGUUCCGGCUCCGGCGAUUAAAGUGAUAGUUAAAAGCCGUAGCAGCAGCAACAAUUGCUUUACCAUGUAAAACAUAUAGCUGCUUGCACUUGCAGAUCAUGUAUUAAUCUUCAUCAUACAAUUACUAAAAAUAAUGUUUUAUUUUUAGUAAAAUAAAACAUUAAUAUAAAUUUCAUAAUCAA